CUUAAUUCUCUUAUUGACACUUUAUCAACUAUAGACAAACACUAAACCCUUCUCUUUUAUCUAUUUUCAAAAAACAAAGGUCAGUGCCUGAAGGAAAACGCCCUGUAUCUUGUGUGAAAAAAAACAUACGAGUGUAACCAGCAAGAGAACCAUCCUUGUUCUUAGGGUUUACCUCUUCAGAGUUAUAUGCUUGUUUUCCUUAUAGAGAAAAAACUUGUUUCUAUCAUUUAAAUGACAUGCUUGAGACCUGUUUAAUCAUUGUUUGUUCUCCUUAAAAAUAAAUCAAGGGGGUUAACUUUUUAUAUAGAACAAGUUCGUCAAACUUUUUUUUUCUUUUCCCUUUCUUUCCGUUUUUUUUUGUUUUUUUUUAACCUGUCUUUUCUAUAUUAAAAUCCUUGAAACAACGUCUUAAAGUAUGGGCUGCUGUCAAUCAACCUCUCAAGUCGAAGAAAAACAAAGAAAUCAAGAAAUUGAUGCCCAAAUCAAGCGAGAUAGAGUUAAUUUGCGAAAAGAAAUUAAAAUGCUGCUUCUGGGUGCUGGUGAAUCUGGAAAGUCUACCAUUUUAAAGCAAAUGAAACUGAUUCACGAUGGAGGAUAUACUCCAGAAGAAAGAGAAAGUUUCAAAGAAGUCAUCUUUAGCAAUACAAUGCAGUCAAUGCGAGUCACAAUGGAAGCCAUGGAUAAUUUGGGCAUUCAGUUCCAUCAUCCCGAAAAUGAAGGACACAAGAGACUGGUUUUAGAAGCACCUCCUCAGAUUGACUACUUGGGACAUGAGCUAGUCGAAGCAAUCGCUUCGCUUUGGGAUGACCCAGGUGUACAAGAGUGUGUGCAAAGAUCAAAUGAGUUCCAGUUGAAUGAUUCUGCAAGAUACUACUUUGACUCUAUUCUCCGUAUUGGACAACCCAACUAUAUGCCAAGCGACCAAGAUGUACUGCGAUCCAGAGUCAAAUCAACAGGCAUCACCGAAACUACUUUUGUUAUCGACCAACUCACAUACCGUAUGUUUGAUGUGGGUGGUCAACGAUCUGAACGAAAGAAAUGGAUUCACUGCUUCGAAAACGUGACAGCGCUUGUAUUUUUAGUGGCUAUUUCAGAAUAUGACCAAGUCCUAUUUGAAGAUGAAAGCGUCAACCGUUUACAAGAAUCACUAACACUAUUUGACUCUAUCUGUAAUUCGAGAUGGUUUAUUAAGACAUCCAUUAUUUUGUUUCUAAAUAAGAUUGACUUGUUUGCAGAGAAGCUUCCUCGAAGCCCACUUGGUCAAUUCUUUCCAGACUACAAAGGCGGUGACAACUACGAUGCUGCAUGCCAAUAUCUUUUACAAAAGUUUGUCUCUCUAAAUACAAGAGCAGAUACAAAGCAGAUCUACACUCACUUGACAUGUGCUACAGAGACAAAGCAAAUCAAAUUCGUAAUGAACGCUGUGAAUGAUAUUGUCGUACAUGAUAAUUUACGCAAUGUAGGCCUUUUGUAAAAUAUUUAUUUGUAAAACUUCCUCUUUUUUUUUUCUUAUACACUUUAAUAAAACAAGCC